AUGGCAGUGUCUAUCGCCAGAACACAUGAGUGUGACGGAUACGAUCGUGGUCUUUCAACCGCGUUUUCUACAGCUGUUCGAACUUAUGUUUCUGAAUAUUUUAAAGAAAAUACUAUUAUAAUAACUGCCGUUAUUGUUAAAAGAACUAUAUAUUUGCAUGAACGUUUGUUAGAUCAAUCAAACAUACUAUUUGAUGUGAAUAUUUUGUUAGAAGAACUGAAAAGCAUUCAGACGUUUACCGUACCAUCUAGUACUAAAGUGAGACCGUCAUCAGAUUCUGAUGAAAUCUGUCGUCGUAUAUUACUAAUACAAUCAUGUGUUACUUUAAAAACAGAUCUAUAUGAUCUCGAUCAAAUGGGUAAGACAAGCCGUUUUCUAGGCAAUACAAUGUAUGAUCAACUGGAGGAUGAAAAAUUAUUAUUACAUGGUCGUUAUCUAAUUUUCCCAAAUAAACGCUCAGCAGAGGCCUAUAUUAAAGGUCUUGUUGAUAUUAAUAAUGUGCUGUAUGUGUAG